AUGGCGGAAAUCGCAACGCGGAAAUGCAUGGGGCUGGACUGUGACAAGAACGCAGGCACGUUGCAGUGUCCGACAUGCCUCAAGGCGGGCACGGAUAGCUUCUUCUGCUCGCAGGACUGUUUCAAACGGAGUUGGAGCGAACACAAGACUAUUCACAAGAAGAGUAAUCUCCUGGCCAACCUCUUCACUCCUAAAGUAGUUUCUGAACCAGAUCCAGCAACCGGCUUGUACAACCCCUUCCCCGCCUUCCAGUUUGCCGGCAACCUGCGCCCUGUCUACCCGCUGUCGGCUCCGCGAACCGUCCCCAAGACCAUCCCCCACCCCGACUACGCCAAGGAUGGCAUUCCUCGUUCCGAGCAGAAGUUCGUCGGCCGCAACAACAUCAAGAUCCUGAGUAAGGAGGAACAGGAGGGCAUGCGCAAGGUGUGCCGUCUGGCCCGUGAGGUGCUGGAUAUUGCUGCCCGGGAGUUGAAGCCCGGUGUCACGACCGAUUACAUUGAUGAGGUGGUUCACAAGGCCUGUAUCGAGCGUGAAUCUUACCCCUCCCCCCUCAACUACUACAACUUCCCCAAGUCGGUCUGCACGUCCAUCAACGAGAUUAUCUGCCACGGUAUCCCCGAUCAGCGACCCCUCGAGGACGGCGACAUUGUCAACAUUGACGUCACGUUGUACCACAACGGUUUCCACGGAGACAUCAACGAGACCUACUAUGUCGGUGACAAGGCCAAGGCCAACCCUGAUGCGGUGCGCGUGGUUGAGACGGCGCGUGAGUGCUUGGACAAGUCCAUCGAGCUGGUGAAGCCGGGCAUGCUGUUCCGCGACCCUGGUAAUGUGAUCGAGAAGCACGCCAAGUCCCGGGACUGCAGUGUAGUCAAGAGCUACUGCGGUCACGGUAUCAACCAGCUGUUCCACUGCGCUCCUAACGUUCCUCACUACGCGAAGAACAAGGCCGUUGGUGUUGCCAAGCCCGGUAUGUGCUUCACCAUCGAGCCCAUGAUCAACCAGGGUACCCACCGCGAUCGUACCUGGCCCGAUGACUGGACCAGCUCCACGGCCGACGGAGGGUUCUCCGCCCAGUUCGAGCAUACACUUUUGGUUACGGAGGAUGGUGUUGAGGUGCUGACGGCGCGCUUCCCCGAUUCGCCCGGUGGGCCUGUGCCCAUUCCGGCUGCUGCGGAAGCGUGA